CACAUUAGAUCUAGAACACAUCUAUAAAAGUUCAGGCAAAAGAGUGUGUUGCAUAGUAACAUAAUUAUCAUCAACCAUGGAUUUGAGAUUUUCACUCUCUUUACUUGUGCUUGCUGGCUCCAUUGGAGUGAUCACUGCUAUUCCCAUAAAUUUAAAUUGCUUUUUAGUUAACUGUGGUUUACCCCUUAAAUGCAACCGAGAGGACGUAUUCACUCCACCAGGCCAGUGCUGUCCUAUCUGUGGGCCAGACUGCUCCACUGUUCUGUGUGCAAAACCUCAAUGCAAAGAAGGAGAAGUUAUCGAAACACCUCCUGGUGAAUGUUGCCCUGUAUGCACUCGUCCAGACUGUGCAGCUGUCCUCUGUCUGAUCUUGACUGAUCAGGAUUGUGAUGACGGUGAAGUAUUGGUCACCCCACCUGGUGAGUGUUGUGCCAGAUGCCAACGAGACUGCUCUGCUGUGUCUUGCCUGAGGCCAGUGUGUGAGAAAGGAGAGAUGCUUGAAGUUCCUGAGGGCGAAUGCUGUCCAAUCUGUGUCAAAGAAGAAGUACAAUGUGAAAUUGAAGGUCAAGUUUUCAGUGACUGUGCAUCCCCGUGCCCUACAACCUGUGACUCUGAUCCUAAUCAAAUCUGCAGCACCCUCUGCGUACAGGGAUGCACCUGCCCUCCUGGACAAGUCAUUGACACUGUCAACAAUAUAUGUGUGACAGUCGACAUGUGUCCACCAACAGGUAUAGACUGCUCUGCGGUGCUUUGCCUCAGGCCAGUGUGUGAGAAAGGAGAAAUCCUGACAGUCCCAGAGGGAGAAUGCUGUCCAAUCUGUGUCAAAGAAGCAUGCACACUUCGCUGUCCACCCGGCCAUCGAUGUGAAAUUGACAACGGAGAAACAUUCUGCAAUCCAGACUGUGAACUGGAUAACGGUGGUUGUUCAUCUGAUCAGAUCUGUAGCCUCGUGCCUGUAGUAUGUGUGCAAGCACCCUGCCCUACCAAAACAGUGCAGUGCUCUUGUCCCCCAGAGUGUUCUAGGGAUUACUGCCAUGCCAAUCGAAAAGGUCUAUGCUCAAACCCUGCGUAUAAUGACGCCCUCCCUCGGCCUGGUUGUACAGGAUCUUGUCGCCUAACCUACUGCAGUGCGUGCAUUUUUGGAGUAGAGAACCCAACGAUUCCCAGCUGCACAGAAUGUCCUGAUUACUCCUCCCCUAACAAAUGCUACGAGAAGUGGUCACAAUGUAUUGGGCGUCGUUUCCAGGACCAGAGGAAGGCGAGCGCCCUCACAGGAUAUGAUUUCCCACAGAGCCCAGGCUCACUGUUAUCAUCAACCAUGAAUUUGAGAAUUUCACUCUCUUUACUUGUGCUUGCUGGCUCCAUUGGAGUGAUCACUGCUAUUCCCAUAAAUUCAAUUUGCUUUUUAGUUGACUGUCUGGUCUUGACUGAUAAGGAUUGUGAUGACGGUGAAGUAUUGGUCACCCCACCUGGUGAGUGCUGUGCCAGAUGCCAACAAGACUGCUCUGCUGUGUCUUGCCUGAGGCCAGUGUGUGAGAAAGGAGAGAUGCUGGAAGUUCCUGAGGGCGAAUGCUGUCCAAUCUGUGUCAAAGAAGCAAUACAAUGUGAAAUUGAAGGUCAAGUUUUCAGUGACUGUGCAUCCCCGUGCCCUACAACCUGUGACUCUGAUCCUAACCAAAUCUGCAGCACCCUGUGUGUACAAGGAUGCACCUGCCCUCCUGGACAAGUCAUUGACACUGUUAACAAUAUAUGUGUGACAGCCGAUAUGUGCCCACCAACAGGUAUAGACUGCUCCGCGGUACUUUGCCUCAGGCCAGUGUGUGAGAAAGGAGAAAUCCUGACGGUCCCAGAGGGAGAAUGCUGUCCAAUCUGUGUCAAAGAAGUGUGCAAACUUCGCUGUCCAUUCGGCCACCGAUGUGAAGUCGACAAGGGAACAGGAAAAACAUUCUGCAAUCCAGACUGUGAACUGGAUAAUGGUGGUUGUUCGUCUGAUCAGAUCUGCAGCCUCGUGCCUGUAGUAUGUGUGCAAGCACCCUGCCCUACCAAAACAGUGCAGUGCUCUUGUCCCCCAGAGUGUUCUAGAGAUUACUGCACUGCCAAUCGAAAAGGUCUAUGCUCAAACCCUGCGUAUAAUGACGCCCUCCCCCGGCCUGGUUGUACAGGAUCUUGUCGCCUAACGUACUGCAGUGCAUGCAUUUUUGGAGUAGAGAACCCAACGAUUCCCAGCUGCACAGAAUGCCCUGAUUACUCUUCCCCUAACAAGUGCUACAAGAAAUGGUCACAAUGUAUUGGGCGUCGUUUCCAGGACCAGGUUACCGGUGAUGCAGUAUUUUGUGCUUCUCCUCCCUGUUUCAGAAGAGGGUAGCCAUGCAUAAACAAUGGACAUGCACUUUAUAGUUUUAAUAUAUAGCUGUAGAUCUAGAUCUAUAUAUAUAUACGGCAUAUUUCUUCUAGCAAAUUGAAACGGUUUGAGAUAAGCUGUUGACACGAUGUAGUAAUGAGUCUAAUUGAGAUGAACUUGACAUAAA